GUGGCCCUGCUGGGGAAUGCACAGCCUCAGGCUAACAAAACACAAGCUUGCAUUACAUGAACAGCCUGACAGAAGCAACGCGGCACGCAGAGUUCGGUUUAGGAGACUAAAAAAAACACUUUUGACAGUUAGAAGGAACCUGAGGAUGCUCUGUGUUGUCAGGAUGAUAUGAGGUCCACUCGACCGUGACCAUGUACGAGGUGAUGUCCGGUGACACCCUGUCCUGGAAGGUGCCCAGUCCAAGACAGAGCGGCACCGACUCCAGUCCAGAGGCGCAGUUCACCGGGGAGGGAGGGCCGAUUAAGAUCCUCAAAGUGUGCUUCUGCACCAACAACAACCUGGGCAAGAACUUCAAGCUGGUCAAGUGUGACAGCUCCUGGCAAAUCAGGGCCAUUAUCCAUUCAAUUCUGAUCAGUGGGCGACUCGGCCCGAAUAUCCAACACGCAGGAUGCUACGGCCUCAUGCUCAAACACCUCAAGUCAGAGGAACUUCACUGGCUUCAUCCCGAUCUGACCGUCAGAGAAGUGGAGCAGCGCUAUGAGAGCCAUCACGUGGAAGCCGAGUGGAGGUACGACCUUCGUAUCAGAUACAUUCCCGUCAACUUCCUGGAAAAGUUCAAAGACGACCGAUCAACACUAGUGUAUUUCUACCAACAGGUACGGAGCGACUACAUGCAGUAUCACGCCAGUAAGGUCAGCGAUGGGAUGGCGCUACAGCUUGGUUGCUUGGAGAUCAGGAGGUUCUACAAAGACAUGAAUGCAAAGGGUCUAGAGAAGAAGUCCAACUUUGAGCUGCUAGAAAAAGAGGUGGGCUUGGACCUUUUCUUUCCUCAGGAGCUGAUUAACAGCAUGAAGUCAAGGCAACUACGUAAGCUGAUCCAGCAAACGUUCCAGCAGUUCGCGACGCUCAAGGAGGACGACUGCAUGGUGAAGUUCUUCGAAACGCUCAAGGAGUUUGUCAGCUACGACGAGGAGGUCAUCCCGUGUGAACUAGUGCAAGGCUGGAGUCUUGCUGUAGAGUUGGUCAUCGGCGGAAGGGGAAUCCGCCAGCGCACGCAGAAGAAUUCAGCACCUGUCUUUCUGGCCGACUUCAAGCAGAUAAAGAAAAUACAAUGUUUAUCUCAGAGCGACGGAAAGGCACUUAUAAACCUUGAAGUAGAGGGCAGACAACGCCUGUCCAUCAAUGUGGCCACCGUCCCCAUGGCCGAGAACAUGAUGGACCUCAUCGAUGGAUAUUGGCGCAUGGAAAACAAUUCGGAUGACUCUAUCAUCUACAGACAAAAUCACGAUUCCAGCACAAGGACUUCCCUCCCUGAGAUUCCGACAGGCAGAGACACUAGCACCGUCCGACACAGUAUGGGGUCAGAUAUCUAUUGUGAGAUUCUCGACGAAAGGCCUAGAUCAGCUGUGAAGUACGGAAUCGACCGCAGUGAUAUCGCACUCGGACGAAUUCUCGGAGAGGGCUUUUUCGGCGAGGUCUACGACGGAGUUUACACAGCAGCGAACGGAAACAGGACCAACGUCGCAGUCAAGACAUGCAAGGACUGCUCACCUGACGUCAUGGAGAAGUUCAUGAGUGAAGCAGUCAUCAUGAAGAACCUCAACCAUCCUCACAUCGUCAAACUCAUCGGAAUCAUCGAGGAGAAUCCCGUGUGGAUCGUCAUGGAGCUUUAUCAGUUCGGAGAGCUUGGGAACUACUUAACUGAGAACCAGAACAAGUUGACAAACAUGACUCUGGUGCUGUUCAGCCUGCAGAUCUGCAAGGCUCUCGUCUACCUCGAAGGCGUCAACAUGGUGCACAGAGACAUCGCAGUUCGUAACGUGUUGGUCGCCAGUCCCGAAUGCGUAAAGCUUGGAGACUUUGGACUGUCGCGAUACAUUGAGGAUGAAGAGUACUACAAAGCAUCUGUGACACGAUUGCCUAUCAAGUGGAUGGCGCCGGAAUCCAUUAACUUUCGACGUUUCACCUCGGCCAGCGACGUUUGGAUGUUUGCUGUGUGCAUGUGGGAGAUCAUGAGUCGAGGACAGCAGCCGUUCUUCUGGCUGGAGAACCGAGACGUCAUCAACCAGUUGGAGCAAGGAAUCAGGCUGCCCAAGCCCGAAAACUGCCCCCCAGCGCUCUACUCCCUCAUGACCCGCUGCUGGGCCUACGACCCCAGAGAGCGGCCCAACUUCACUGAGCUGGUGGUCAAAAUCAGUGAUGUCCACAAGAUGGAGAAGGAGCAGGAAGUGGAGCGGGAGAGGGACAGAGCACGCUCCACAAGAUUCUUUGACUCCAAGUUCAGCUUUAGCGAGGCUCCUCCCAAGCCUUCAAGGAUGAAAUCAGGGCGUUUUGGGAACACGCUCAGCAUCGGCCUACACAUUCAGCUGAACGAGGCCUUGUGUGCCAGCUCUCCUGACCUGGCCAGCCCGUGUGACUAUCAGUCCCCCGUGGACUCCAUGAACUCCACGCUGCCGCUGCCUCUCAGGUCCCCACGCCGUCGCAGCAUGGGGGAGAACGAGUUCCCCAGGUUGGAGCCCAACAGCCGCGAGGACGCCCAGCGCCUGUGGCAGAGGGAGCGUCAGCAAAUGCACGCCACCCUCCGCCGUCAGAAAGAGCAAAUGGCGGAGGAUGAAAAGUGGCUGGAGAAAGAGGAGAGACUCCUGGUGGGGAACAGAGCUACGCUAUGUUUUGUCAACCCGCUGUCACUGUGCCCCCCCAACCCAGACGCUGGCGCAGCCCAGGGCAGUGUCGUCCCAUUUGCCCGCUCCAGGCGUCCCGCUAGUCUUAAAGUCAAUGUCCCGCUGCUUACUGUUCCAAAGAGAGGAUCCAUGUCGCUUUUCUAUAAAAUGAACCUGCCUGUUCUUUUGCAGGACCCCAUUGGACCAGAAGACCACUCUCCUCCGGUGGCCACAGAGGAGGAUGCUGAAAAUGGUCCACCACAAAAACCCCCGAGACUCACAGCACAGCCGGCCCCCACAGCCGAACUGGACCGCUCUGAUGACAAAGUGUACCAUUACGUCAUGGGCCUGGUCAAAGUGGUGGUGCAGCUGAAGAACGACAUCGUCAACCUGCAGCCCGAGGAGUACAUCACCGUCGUCAAGUCCGUGGGGAUGGCCUUAAGGGAUCUGAUUCGCAGCGUGGAUGAUGUACUGCCCUCUCUGCACGAGUCUGUGCGCACCGAGAUCGAGGGCACUCAGAAGCUGCUGAACAACGACAUGGGCGAGCUGAUCAGAAAGAUGCACCUGGCGCAGCAGAACGCCAUCACGUCUCUGAAGGACGAGUGCAAGAAGCAGAUGCUGGCGGCGGCGCACAACCUGGCCAUGGACAGCAAGAACAUGCUGGACGCCGUGGACCAGGCCAGGGUCAGGGCCAACCUGGCUAAACCCGUGGUCCUCGUAUGAAACCAUCUCACCUCUUCUUCCUGUUGCGCUCGCCACAGCUGGACAUAGCGGAUGCCCGUGCUGUUCAUCUUUCAUUUUGAUGACGUCUCACUUGUCCUUGGAAUGAAGCCAACACUGGAAUGAAUGGAGGGAUGCUGAACACGAACAUACGCUACACCGUCAAUAAAGGACCACAUUUACAUUUAAAGGGCUUUUUAAGUGUCACUUAUAGCAGCGGUUCUCAACGGGUGGGUCGGGAACCAAAAGUGGGUCGCGGAUCCAGUCUGGGCGGGCCGAAGACAGAAAGUCAAAAACGACAUGAAAAUACGUCAUACAACUCAUGUCUGAUUUAUUUUGAAGUACAAUUGAGCAAUAUUUUAGUCAUCUUCCUCCUUCAUGUACUGCAUGUACUGGCAUGUACGUUACACAGUUACAAGUGAAAUACCUCACUUUGUGCCUAACACCACCCCCCAAACCUAACCCUACCUCUACCUAGUCCUAAUCCUAAUCCUAAUCCCCGAUACUGAAUUGGAUUUAUUACGCCUACGCACGCAGUUAUCGUGUUCUUCCUCGUUUCCUUGACAAAAUGCCUUCAUAACAACGUAAUCAUGUUUCAUCACAUGACAAUUAUGGCAAGUAGGAACCACAAAUACAUUCGCUAGGCUCCACUUCAACACACUAAAUACAAAGAAAUACAUGAAGGCAUAACGAAGAAAUGUAAACACAAUAAAAAUGACUUCAAUAAAAGCAUGAGAAAUUAGAAAAAGAAAUACAAAUUUAAAAAGACCUAAAAACAAGUGUUAAAAAAUAAAAUAAAAACAACUCAAAUAAAAGGGUACAAAAUCAUUUUUAAAAAAUAAAAAGACUUAAAUAAAAGCAUUAGAAAUUAUAAAAGAAAUUUUAAAAAAUUAACAAAAAAGACAGAAAUAAAAAUGACUUAAAUUAAAAAAUAUUAUAAAAAUAUUUCUAUAAAAAUAAAAAAAUGACCUACAUAAAAGUGUAAAAAAUCAAAUGUACAAAAACAAUCAAACAUAAAUACAAAUAAAAAUAACAGAAAUAAAAGUAUAUGAAAUUACACAAAUUAAAAAAUGACCUAAAUAAAAGUGUGAAAAAUAAAAA